CUACUAACUUUAAGGCUCAUUAACGGCAUAAUAGAUUUCUAUCGCUCCCUCCCCCCUCCCCACCCCUCUACCUCCCUCCUAAGACGUUUUCAUUACGAUAACGAUAGUUGCGGUGUUUGGUUGUUCUUGGAGUUGUACAAAUCAUCCAGUCUUAAUUGAAGAGAAUUUAUUCAUUAAGUGGUGAACGCCAGACAAGGCACGUCUCGCAGAGGUGGUAGCGGUAGUAGAUAGAAUUGCCGGAGACUACUUAAGCGGCAGACUAAUCGGUAUCACUGUAACGGCUGCUGAUGUUGUGUCAAGGUGCAAGAGACAGGUAGCUUGUCACGAUGGACUCCGGGGAUGUAGCUCUCUGUUUACCAAUCUACAAUAUGUAAUAGUUUUUUAACCUAUUACAGACAAUUUUAACUCUGGUGUUUCCGGACGUUUGGAUACAAUUUAUCUUUCUAUUUUGCGUCUGUCCCUGGAGUUUCGAAGGUUUGGAAACAUCGUGUGCUUUGUUUACUUAUUCAUCGAAAUAUUGAUGGACAUUUUCAUAUGUUUAAGACUAUUAAAUUAUUCUUACUUAUUCGAGACAUUUUAUUUAUUUUGGAAGAAAUUGUUCAAAGUGAUUGAACAAACCAGACAAGACUUUAACAAGUUGGUAAACAAGGAAUGGAUUGCAGUAUGAAUUCAAGACAUCACAACUCUUUGACAUCGUCUUGUUAUUCUAGAGAAAGCGCUUUUUUCACGGCGCCUAGAACGUGGCAUCCUCACAUUUACGAGAAAACGCCCAAACAACCGACACCUCACUUCAUCUCGAACAUCUUAGGUACGUGUUAUGAUAAGGACAAUGUGAAAAUUGAAGAAAAGAGAUCAAUUCACUCCCGCGGUGACGAGCGACGACAUCGUGGUUAUGGGUACGAUUCCAGUGGUGAAAAGGAGGUCUACGCUAAACACCGGAACGGUGACUUAGACGGUUACAUAUCUGGACCGGAAAACUUAGAAAAUAGACAUCAUGGUACUAGCCUCGAAGGUGACGGAGAUACGAAACAGAAACGGAAAAGUGAAGAUGAGGACUCUAAUCCUGACAAUCAAGCCAAGAAGAAAAAAGCACGAACCACAUUCACUGGCAGACAAAUUUUUGAACUGGAGAAACAAUUUGAACAGAAGAAGUACCUCUCGUCAGCUGAGCGAGCAGAAAUGGCGGCCCUGCUUAACGUCACAGAAACACAGGUAAAGAUCUGGUUUCAAAACAGACGAACAAAAUGGAAGAAACAGGAAAACAUUUCCAAUGCUGAAGCCGCAGAACAUAAAGUACACGUGGACAAAACGCACGACAUGGCACGUGCGUCUGUUAACACAAAAGCGAUAAAGUCGGAAUCCCUUUCUGUGCCCGUGGUACAGAUCUCUUUAAAACAAACAGUUUUUACACCACAAAUAAACAUUGAGGAUGAUAUUGUUAAACCAUCAAACGAUUCCCCCAUUCCAACAAACCGUUCGGAUACUUCCAGUCCCAUACAUGACCCUUUAUCAGAGUGUGAAAAUUCAAAAGACUCAAAUGUUCAUUUGGAACAACAUGACGCUUCGGAACCUUGUGUUGACGUCGACGUCACUGAAACCCGUGUACCCGAAAGUAAUGACGUUUUAGACGACGAAUCAUCGAAGGAUGUGCCAGCAACUAUUUGUUCACAGCCGUUCCAAUGACAUUAUGCCACUUAAUCAUUUAUAUUCAUCAUAAUCGUUAUUUCGUCAUGUGUUUAUUUAUAAUCAGUCACAGCUGACGUUUUCUUGACAAGUGAAAUGAAACUUGCAAAGACACCAAACGAAAUCAAGCACAAAUGACACUUUGUAUGAAUAAAAGUAUUUUGUCUUUCAUCCGUUGUGUUUUCUAACAUUAAAUUUGUGUAAUUUUCGUGACAUUUCUACUGCAUUAAUAGAAUCAGGACAACAAAAAAUCCAAAAUUAAUUGGACGGCGAUGAAUUUUACAAAGUUAUGGAACAUGAAAUUUCUAGGCUGAUAUUUAAUGGGAAAUCUCAAGUAGUCAAUUUCCUAUUCGUCGUCUCAGAAUAAUACAUUGAAAUAAUCGCUCACCAUUCCGGAGUUUUUAUAAGUUUUAUAAACUUUUGUCUAAUCUUUCAUGGAUUCUAUAUUUUCUUAGUAUGAAUAAACUUAUAAAGGUGUCUGGUUCAGAUAUCGUUGUAACAUGGUGUUACAUAUAUGAUAUUACUUUUUUUGUUUACGCACAAAUUACAUGUAUAUGAAAGUUCGUGAAAUCGUACAUGACAUUUUGCCAUUCAAUAUUGUAUUAACUCUGAAACAGUUUCCAAUUGUGUUCCGAGAACAUUUUGCAAUGUAAAAAAAUCCUAGAAAGACAAUUUAUCUGAACGUGAAUUGUGCCCACGUCGACCGAGGCGAACGUCUGUAAUAUCCCGUGGUGGUCACUUAAUUGACCACACACGUCAAUUGCACUGGACCAAUCGCUUGAAGGGAAACAGAUGAUGAACCAGACAGUUUGUAAGCGAGUCAUUAAAAGGUAAUGACGCUUUGUUAUAGGUCUCGACAACGUUUUACUAAGUAGGGAAUGUAACGGAAGGUUAGAUAUCUUUACUCUGGGUCAAAGAAACGUUUAACUUUGUAACAUUGUGUAUUUUGUAUUUGUUGAUGUUUACGAUCUUUAUGUGUUGGCUGUGUAUUGUUUCACACUAAUAACAGAACAAUUAUAAACAAUAAAAGUGCUCAAUGAA